CUGCAAAAAAUUGGUGGCAUUGUCAUACACUCCUUCCAUCUGCAGUUUCUUUCACAGUUUUACAUCAAACAAAUUUUUGGGUUUCCAAAAUUUAACGAGAAGAUUUUGUUCUGCUAAAAUUUUUUGGAUCCAGGGUGCUAAAAAAAAGAGAAACUUCGCUAUCACUGAGGAUUGGAAUCUUUUGUGCUCACUCAAAUAUCAGGUUUGCGGAGACAAAUAGGAGAAUAUCUAAAAUGGAAUGUAAUAAAUAUGAGGCUAUUAGAUGUAAAGCUAUUGCCGAAAAGAAAUUAGAAGAGGAGGACAUCGCUGAAGCCAAAAAAUUUGCUAUGAAGGCAGAAACUCUAUUUCCUACACUUGACAAUCUCUCUCAGCUCCUCAAGGUCAUUAAUUUCUAUGAUGGCUAUGAGAAGAAAAUAAAUGGAGAAGUAAACUGGUAUGGGAUUCUUGGUGUCGACCCCUUGGCUGACGUGGACACCUUACGUAAAGCACACAAAAGAAUGGCUCUGGAUCUUCACCCUGAUAGAAACAAGUCCUUUGGAGCCGAGGAAGCAUUCAAAAUUCUUUCUCAAGCACGGAGCGUGCUGUUUGAUAAGGACAACAAACUAUUGUAUGAUCUUAAGCUGAAUUUCAGUGGUCACCAGAGGGUGUCAGUAAGAAAUUCUCCACUUCCAGCGAAUAAAAAUAUGUUUGGGAAUUUCACCAGCUGCUCGAGCUCACUGUCUGAAAGGAAUAUAGAAACUUCUGGCAAGGCCCAGAAUUUACCAACAUGCCCAAAGAAUCCGGCUAUCACCAGGAGUUCACAUUACAACCCUCCUCCUCUCUGGCCAAGGUAUCAGACAACAACCGAUGGUGGCCAACACAUUCCCACUCAUCAAAAGACUCCAGAAACAGCCACCUGGUCCCAGUUUGUUGCCACUCCACCUCAACACAUGACUCCAGAAGCUGCUGCCAAUUUUCCUUUUGUUCAUGUUCAUAAUUAUCAAAAUCCUACAAUUGCCACCAAUUUUCAGUUGUUUCCCACCCAGCUUAUUCCAAGGAAACAGAUGCCUGCCAGGCAUCAUCAGUUCACUCCUGCCAACAAUUUUGUGCUGAACCCCAGACCUCCUGAAUCAAGACCUGAAACUUUUUGGACGUCAUGUAAUAAGUGCAAGAUACUAUAUGAGUUCCUGAAGAUUUAUCUUGACCAAACUCUAAUGUGCCCCCACUGUCGAGAGCCCUUUUUGGCGAAAGAGAGGUCUGCUCCCGCUUCUGUAAGCAUUCGCAGUUCACAUGUACCUUGGUCCUUCCACCAUCAGAAGCCAGGUUUGUCUGCUGCAGCAGUGAGUUCCAAAAGUUCAACAGCUUCAGCUACGAGAAACACUGAAACUGCACACAGGGUCCAGUCAGUCGGUGAGUGUCUCAAGAGAUGGCACAGAGAGGCAGUAUCUGUGGGGGGGAGUGAGGAGGCUCUGCUGGAUAAAACUGAUGCUCCCUCAGCUUCAGAAAAUUCGAUCAAAAAGAGGCGUAUAGAUGGACAGAAGAGGAACAGUGGGAAAGACAGAAACCAAAGUACAGCAGGGAGCAGGGCGGCCCAUACUAUUUCUAUGGGAAAUCUAAAGGGCAAUUUGGGAGCCGAAAAAGUUACUUCUGCUAGUGACCAGUUCGCAAGCACAAAGGAGUUGUCUCAAUCUGAACUUCGUAUCAUGCUGAUGAGAAAGGCUAAGACAGAAAUACUUAAGAAGCUAAACCAGUGGAGCAUUGGUGCUGAACUUGAAUCUGCAAAUGAGAAGGGCAUGAAUAUGGAAAACAAGCAGAAAUCAGCCGUUAUUGAUUUGAAGAUUCAUAAAAGUAAAAUUUCUUCUUUGCUUGGUUCCAGCAAGAUGGCCCAGCCUCAGAACUCUUCCAUGCGCGAUGGCACUGGUGAGUUAAAUGAAAAUGUUGAAGAAACCGUGUCAAUGAGCGUGCCAGAUGCAAAUUUUUGCAAUUUUGACGAGGACAGAGUGGAGGCAUCUUUUUCUAAAAACCAAGUUUGGGCCCUGUAUGAUGAUGACGAUGGCAUGCCACGUUACUAUGCACUCAUCCAUGAUGUGAUGUCUAGAAAGCCAUUCAAGAUGGAGAUUAGUUGGCUGAACUCAAAAAGCACUGCAGAAUUUGGCCCCCUCAACUGGGUAUCUUCUGGCUUUGCAAAAACUAGCGGUUAUUUCAGAGUUGGAAAGCCUAUAGUUAAUAAGAGUUUGAGUUCUUUCUCGCAUCAGGUUAAGUGGAAAAAAGGUGCUAGAGGGGCAAUCCAGAUUUUUCCAGCAAAAGGAGACGUGUGGGCUUUGUACAAGAACUGGUCCGUGGAUUGGAAUGAACUCACUGAAGAUGACGUGAUACAUAAAUACGACGUGGUGGUGAUUGCUGAAGAUUACAAUGAAGACAAAGGUGUCGUUGUCUCUCCGAUGAUAAAAGUUGCUGGCUUCACGUCAGUUUUUCGCCAGCAUUUGGACCCAAUGGAAUUCCAUACAAUUCCAAGAGAAGAGAUGUUUCGAUUCUCUCAUCAGGUCCCGUCCUACGUGCUGACUGGUCUUGAAGCUCAAAAUGUUCCAAAAGGUAGCUGGGAUCUGGAUCCUGCUUCUCUCCCUCUGGAACUUCUUCAACCCAAGACAGAAUCCAAGGCGGUGAUAGACGCUGAAAAUCCAUUGAAAUGUAAACGGUUGGAUGGAAGCAGUGAGGCAAAGAACGAAUCAAGCAGCAAAGCUAACGCCAAUACUGAGGAUGGAGAAGCUUUUGAAAAUGCCGAGCGUGGUUUCUCAAAACCCUUUUUGACCUAUUCAAGAAGAGGCAAGAAAAUUAAGAUGGCCGGAGAUACUGAUCGUGCUAAGUAGCUCUUGGUCGAGCUUCUAGUCUUGUACUUUUUGUCCAAGUAUAAGAUGGUUCUGAGUUUGAUUUUCGUAGCUAGAAAACAUACACAGUUCAAUUAUAGCGGACAGAUACAAAUGUUUAUUCUAUCGCGGAAAAAAAUGUCUUCGUUAUGGAAGUUAUAUUAAUAUUCAAUGGAACAGUUAUAUUUA